AUGGCUCCCCCCACCAUUUACUCUCCUAGUGCUGGAGCGCACAAUAUCUAUACCCAGCUUGAGCACUUUGAGGCUGAAAGCCAUGGAUUCAGUUCCUUGGCUCCUGAUUCUCUUGGAGACCAUGCUCAGCUGAAGUCCUUCCUGCAGCUGUCCCAAUUUACCCAGUUCGACAUUGUCAAGCAAUCAUGGCGCGAAACGAUCCGCAACGUUUCAAAGUCUGUCGAAGCCCCUGCCCUCGACGAAGCUUAUCAGACCGACUCUGUGACCAUUGUCCAAGUAUCGGGCGACAAGGGCUUGCUGGCCACUCCUCCUUCCAGUCCUCAGAAGUCUCUCCAGCUUGCUGGCCCGCUGGUGACCAACACUAUCAUUACCUUCCAUUGCGCAGAAAACGCACAGAAUGUCUUGGAUUUUCAUCUCCCUGAAAAUACUACGUCUCUUAUUAGCCAGAGCACCGUCCGCCUCAAAGUCGUCUACAGCAUCGACCAAUGGCAGAUCCAUUUCUACUACAAGCGCGACUCGCUCUCGCCCACUCAAGCAGAAGAGAUUGUCGGGAUCUUCGAACAAUGCCUUGAGGAGGCGAUUGAAGCGAUCGCAUCCAAAACUCCCCCGUCGCCCCCGGCCGAAACGGACCUGGAGUUUUCCAACGACUGCCCCAAGGUUGACCGUUGCAUUCAUGAUCUGAUCGAGGAACAAUCCGUCGCGCGACCGGAUCACGAGGCUAUCUUCGCCUAUGAUGGCUCGCUCUCGUACGCCCAGCUGUCGAAUGUAUCCUCAAUACUGGCUGAGAAGUUGAAAAUCCUGGAAGCCCGCCGUGAGCAACGCGUCGCCAUCCUCAUGAACAAAUCGACAUGGUAUUCCGUCGCUGUCCUCGCAGUGCUCAAGUCCGGCGCUGCGUUUGUCCCGCUUGACCCCAGCCAUCCAGAAAAUCGCCUGAAGCAGCUCGUCGCCGACAUCGAGCCCUGCGCACUUAUCACCACUUCGUCUCUGUCCGAGAAAGCGGCGGGCUUGGAAUGUCCUCGGCUCCUUGCGAUCGACCAAACCGAUCUCACCUGCGAUGAAACAAUGACUCUUCCAUUCUCUCUCCCAACCGCCAGUCCCGACAACGCCGCCUACAUGAUCUUUACGUCCGGCAGCACGGGUAAACCGAAAGGGGUUGUCAUCGAGCAUGCCGCCCUCUGCACCAGCGCAAUCACCCGCGGCGCUGUCUUAGGACUUGGUCCCGACAGCCGUGUCCUCCAAUAUGCCCCCCAUACAUUCGACGUCAGCGUGGAUGAGAUUCUCACUACGUUGAUCCACGGCGGAUGCGUCUGCGACCCUUCUGAAAAUGAUCGGUUCGCCAUCGCUCCUUUUAUCAAUUCCGCACGCGUCACGGCUGCCCUUUUGACUCCAACGUCUGCUCGUACACUGCAUCCCGACGAUGUCUCUACGCUUCGCAGCUUACAAACCGGCGGAGAAGUUCUUACAGAAGAUGUGAACGAUAAAUGGUCUGACCGCGUUACGCUCUUCAAUGUCUACGGCCCGACUGAGGCGAGCGUUGCCUGCGUUAUUAGCAACCGCACCGGGCUCAAGGGAACCGGCCAUGUCCUUGGACACGCUGUCGGGGGAAAACUGUGGAUUGUUGACCCCGACGAUGUCGAGCGUCGUCUUCCGGACAAUGAGGUCGGCGAGCUGGUGAUUGCCGGACGGAUCCUUGCGCGUGGAUACUUCCGCGAUCCAGAACGGACGGAGUCCUCGUUUGUUAGGCUGCAAAGCGGCGAGCGAGUCUACAAGACGGGUGACUUGGCGAGCAUGGAUGCGUCUGGGACGAUAUCCUAUCACGGACGCAAGGAUCUCGAAGUCAAGAUCCGUGGUCAGCGGAUCAACAUUGCUGAGAUUGAGAGGGCUAUCUUGCAGUGCGAGUUUGUCCAUAGUGUUGUUGUUGAGUACCCUCGGUCUGGACUGUGUGAGAAGAAACUGGUCGCUGUCCUAUGCUUCAAGGACUCUUCCGAUGUUACGGGUGAUUUGUUUGACGGUGCCCAGGGCUUGACAGAAGACGACCACGCACGUCUUCUCAACCACGUCUCGAGUAUCCUGACCCCGGCCAUGGUCCCCUCAAAGUGGCUGUCUCUGCCUUACCUGCCGCAAAUGACCUCCGGCAAAGCCGACCGCAAGCAAGUUCGCGGCUGGCUUGAAAAGAUAGACAAGGAAGUUUACGACCGUAUCUUCCAUUGCAAAGGCGUUGGUACCCCCGUCUUGGACACGUCAGACGCCAUGGUCUCCAUCUGGCUCAAAGCCCUGAAGUUGGAGCCGCAGAACCUUUACCUCGACAAAUCCUUCAUCCGCAACGGCGGAGACUCAAUCAUGGCCAUGGAGGCUCGCCACUUGGCGCACCAAGCUGGUCUUGCCAUCGAUAUCCGCGAGCUCCUUGCGGGCCGCACUCUGCUGGAAAUCGGCCAGAUGGUGACCGCGACUUCACCCACAACCAAAAUCACCAAGAUAGCCGAGGACAAGGACGAGCCGUUUGCGUUGUCGCCUGUUCAGCAGAUGUACUUUGACAAGAUUUUUCACCCUAGCCUUGGCCUUCAGCAACGGGUUUGCGUGGAGUUGACUGAGGAAGUCCAUCCUGACAUGUUGCGCGAUGCCUUGAACCACGUCAUCCAGAAGCACCGGAUGCUGGCCGCUCGAUUUACGAAGGACAUGGGGCAAUGGAUGCAACAAGUCCCGUUUGGGCAGGAUAUCAAGCCUGAAUCUUUCUAUCGAAUCUACACCGAAGCUGCAGUAUCUUACAGCACCUUCUGCACCGAGCCUAUGAGCAUCGAAGACGGCAUCCUUCUCCAUGCGCAUUUGCAGUCGGACAGUGAAAACCCAACACUUGUCCUUUGCGUGCAGCACUUGGUAGUUGACCUUGUCUCGUGGCGAAUCAUUCUGAAAGACCUUCACGAAGCACUGGUGGCAGCGAAAAAUGGCGCCAUGAUCAAUCUGCCUCGCCCGGCGCUGACCUUCCAGCAGUGGUGUCGCGAGCAGGCAAACUAUGCCGAAUCUCUUGUACCUGAAGUUGUCCUCCCAUUUGCGCCAGGGCCGGUUGAUCUUCGCUUCUGGCAGCAAUGCAGCUCUCGAGCAAUACUCAACACUUAUGGUGAGGUGGCCCAACUUGAGUUCCGUUUCACUUCUCUACAGACAACAGAACUACUAGACAAGUUCACUACCACUACCCUCCAUCCAACGGACGUCCUUCUAGCAACCUUUGCACUCGCCUUCAAGCACGUCUUCCCCGAGCGCGAAACCCCAACAAUAUUCAUCGAAGGCCAUGGCCGAGAGCCCUGGCACGGCUCCUUGGACAUCUCACAGACCGUCGGCUGGUUCAGCGCCGCAUACCCGAUGCAUCUUCCAAGAGAUACCCUGCCCACCAUGGCGACUGCCAUUCUCGCAGCAUCCGAGCGCCGCCAAUCCGUGCCCGCAAACGGCCAUCCAUACUGGGCAGCCCGAUACCUCUCGUCGAACGGGCGAAAGGUUUUCGGGAAUGAUCCACGCCACACGGAAAUGGAGUUCGUCUUCAACUAUGCGGGCAGCGUCGUGCAACGGGCUCACAACCAAGAACUGUUCUCGGAGAAUGUGCGCGUUGCGGAGAUCGGGCAUCCGGACUGUGAGCGUUUCUCGCUGUUUGACCUUGGGGCGUCUAUCGAGAUGCCGAGCUCCGAGCUCGUUGUCGCCCUGACGUUUUCUCGGGACAUUGCGCAUCGCGAGCGGGUUGGGGGGUUGAUGCGGACGUUUCAUGAGUUACUCUGCACGGCUAUUCAGCUGGAUCUGGAUCUCGACCAGACUGUGCCGUCAACGCGUUUUGUCUGUCCUGCGGAUGUUUCUCAUUUGCUGGAGAUCAACGGGGUGAGUAUCGAGCGCGAUGUGGAAGAAAUCUACACGCCUUCAUCAAUCCAGCAGCAUAUGCUUAGCCGCCAGUACCAGGAGCCAUGGUUCUACUGCGUGGAAGGAACAUGGACGAUCGAGAAAGCCACGGAGUGUUCGGAAUCCAUUGAUAUGGAUCGUCUAUCGCAUGCAUGGAAUCAAGUUGUUCAUCGUCAUUCUACUCUACGGACGGUGUUCAAGUACAGCGAUGAGGAGGAACGAUUCGUUGCGAUCGUUUUGAAGGAGGUUGAGCCGAACAUCACCAUCCUACGCAGGAAAACCAACAAAACCAGCAUUAUCGCGAGCUGCCACGACGAUGAACUCCUCCCACCCCAUCGCAUGGUUCUCCGCGAGAUGGACGACGGGUCAGUGAUCUGCAACCUGGAGUUCAGCCACACCAUCAUCGACGCGGCGUCUCGUUCGAUCGUCAUGCAAGAUUUCGCCGACGCAUACGAGGGGAACCUUACCACUACGCUCGACGCUCCUCCGUUCUGGGAAUACGUUCGCUCGAUCCGUCCUCAAUCAUCCACACCUUCAACUCAAGAAGACCUACCCCUCGCCGGCCGCGUCGUGACCCUCCCCUUCGAGCCAACCGACCUCGCCACGAACAUCCCGGAAGCGUGCAAGACCAACGAAAUCACCGUCUCCAGCUUCUUCAUGGCUGCCUGGAGCACGGUGCUGGCAAAACACAUGCAUUCAGCCGACGUAUCCAGUCCAGCCGAGACGAUCGCAUUCGACUACGUCCUCUCCGAUCGCCCUGAAGUCCCAGGCAUCGAGAAUGCCGUUGGUCCGUACAUCCGUCUUCCAACAUGCGAAACCCACGUUCACCGGGGUAUAUCGGCACGAGAUCUCGCGCGGGACUUGCAUGCGCAGUGCACUUCUCAAUCCUCGUCCCCGUCCCAGGACGGGUCCCUCGAUAUUGACCUCCCGAGCAAAGCCACGUCGCUGCAGAAAUACUCUACGCUCGUGAACAUCCGCAACAGCGGCUCCGAUAGCCUCGAGCUGGUUUCUGCUUCUGGGGACGUUAAGUGGGUUCUCCAGGGCUUCAAUGACCCGUGGGACUACGAUCUUGUGUUCGCGGUGAAUGUUCAGGCGGGACGGGUGCUGGGGUGGACGGUUGAGUAUGUUGAUGGGGUUGUUGAGGAUUGUGUUGCUGAGGAGAUUGCGGAGGAUUUGAAAGACGUUGUUGGAGAUAUGGUGCGCGUGUUUAUGGAACAAGGGUGUGAUUUGAUGUAG